AUGGUUCUCAUGCUCUUGCUUAUCCUUUGCUUCCUGCCGAUGAUCGCCGCUCAGCCCUGGCAGAUCUGCGGCACCCGCAACUACACGGCCAACACCACAUACCAAUUCAACAUCGACUACGGUCUGUCAUACUCGUCCCUUAGAACAGGCCGUCACCCUCUAUUCGCCAAAGGCUCCACUGGUGAGCCCCCAAACACCGUGUACGCCGUCGCGCUCUGCCGCGGCGACUUGAACACUUCCUCCUGCAGCGCCUGUGUCGAUGCCGCGUUCAAGGACGCAAGACAGCUGUGCGGGCUGAGCAAGGACGCGACCAUCUUCUAUGAUGAGUGCACCAUCCGCUUCUCGGACGUGUACAUCCUUGACAUGGAUUCCUCCAACCGUGUGAAUACUUCUGCUAUUGUCGAUGGAGCGCUCAUCCUGAUGAAUAUCAGCUCAGAGCCCAUGUUUCCCGGUUGGGACGCCAAAAACCAGCAGGCGACCGGAAACUUCACAAGAUUCUUCAAGAAGAUGCUGAGUGACACGAUAGCGCAAGUUCUCUCCACGACGAAGUACUACGCUGCAAUCCGUGUGGACACGAAUGAUGGGAGCACCACCGUUCCACAACUCUACUGCUUGGCACAGUGCGCUCCUGACCUGGUUGAAGAUAUCUGCUACGACUGCAUCCAAAAUUUCAGCGACCUGGCCACAGCCAACUUCGCCGGGCGGCAAGGGGGGCGUGUUCUUGGUCUGCCGUGUAAUUUGAGGUACGAUACGAGUAAGUUCUUCGCCGGUGAGCCGACAUGGAUCUCCGGGUCGUCAAAUGCGCUUGUUCCAAGUCCAUCACCAUCGCCACAGCUUGUCCUGCAACUACCUUCACCAAAACCCAAGAGUAACAUGAACAUGAAUGAAGACGAAGCACUAAUUUUGGGACUAGAUGGAAGGAAUUCAGAAUUUACAGUAUUUGAAUUCUCGCAAGUAGCAGAAGCCACAGGUAAUUUCUCAGAAGAAAACAAACUUGGGCAAGGAGGCUUUGGUCCUGUAUACAAGGUAAGAUGGUAA